GUGGCUCCCUGUGAAGCCCUUGGGGACAUCCGGAACUGUCUGACCCCCUCUGAGCACCCAUGGAAGACAUGUCACAGCCUAGGCCCAUCUUGGGGAUAACGCAGCAAGUCAGCUUCUGAUGCCUCAGGAAAGCACCUAGAGCAGAUUCCCUCUUUCUCUUCCUUCUUUCUGAUUUAUUUGUUUACAUGAGAGGGGAGAGAGAACCAGAGCAUCACCUUGCCACAUGUGAUGCUGGGGACCAAACGCUGAACCUCAUGGUUGAGGGUCCAACAUCUACUGUUCAUCCACUGUUCAGCCUCUCAGAAUUGAAUCCUUUUUGGAAAAGAUUUAUUACAUACGAAAAAGAGUUUCCCGUGCAUGAGACAGAGAAGCCAGAGCACCACUCUGCUAUGUGUAGCUAAAGGGCUAGAGUAGGGGCCUCGGGAAUGCAAGCCUGGUGUUCCACCAGCUGCAUUAAUUUCCCUGGACUUGCCCAGGGCUGAAACAGCCCGAGAAGGGCCGGCUGUGGGUGACAAGAGGGCUGCAGCCAGAGAUGCCACCUGGCUUAGGCUCAGAGUGAGGGUGGGGGCAGGCUCAGCAGCCCCUGCUGAGGUUUGGACUAUCGGAACCCUGCUACCCCCUCUGCCCCAAUCACGUCAAGGGAUGAGACCUGCCCAUGAAAAUGAGAGGGGGCCAUGGACCUGCUGCGGGAGCUGAAGGCCAUGCCUGUUACGCUGCACCUGCUGCAGUCCACCCGCGUGGGCAUGUCUGUCAACGCCCUGCGGAAGCAGAGUUCGGAUGAGGAGGUCAUCACCUUGGCCAAGUCGCUCAUCAAGUCCUGGAAGAAGCUUCUGGAUGCUUCUGAUGCCAAAGCCAGGGAGCGCAGGAGGGGCGGGCCUUUGCCCACAUCUUCCAAGGAGACACCUGACAUCAAGGACCCCAGCCGCAAGAGGCCAGAGCCACCCCGGGUGCCACCCACCCCCAGGAUCACCACAUUCCCGCCGGUGCCAGUCACCUGCGAUGCGGUGCGCACCAAGUGCCGGGAGAUGCUGACAGCCGCGCUGCAGACAGACGAUGACCACGUGGCUGCCAGUGCGGACUGCGGGCACCUGUCGGCCCAGAUCGAGGAAUGCAUCUUCCGGGACGUGGGCAACACAGAUAUGAAGUACAAGAACCGCGUGCGGAGCCGCAUCUCCAACUUGAAGGAUGCUAAGAACCCCGGGCUACGCCGUAACGUGCUGUGUGGGGCUAUCACCCCACAGCAGAUAGCCGUGAUGACCUCAGAGGAGAUGGCCAGUGAUGAGCUGAAGGAGAUCCGCAAGGCCAUGACCAAGGAGGCCAUUCGCGAGCACCAAAUGGCCCGCACGGGUGGCACGCAGACUGACCUGUUCACCUGUGGGAAGUGCCGCAAGAAGAACUGCACCUACACGCAGGUGCAGACCCGGAGCUCUGAUGAGCCCAUGACCACUUUUGUUGUCUGCAAUGAGUGUGGAAACCGCUGGAAGGUGGGUGGGUGAGGAGGCCACCUCCAGCUCUCCCAGGCGGGAGCCUCAGUCCUGUUCUGCUGACCCCUUGUGCACAUGUGCCUGCAGGCUCAGGCUGAGCCUGCCGAUCCUCCCCUCCUACUGCUGAGUUUCUUUGGAGACCAUCCUGUGCCCUCUGGGUCUCUCCCAGAAGUUGCUGUACCCCCCUUCUCUUUACCCCAAAGUAUUAAAUGUUUCUUUUUGUCA